AUGAAAUCCUCAAACCCCCUCGUCCUCCUUAUCACCCUCCUGACCACCCAAACCUACACCACCCUCGCCGCCUCAGGCUACUGCAACACCGUCGUGUCCACCAAGUCGGGCGCCUACACCAUCAGCUACCCGGCUUACAGUAGCGGUGGCUCCACAACCAAAGACUGCAUCAUGAAUGAAGGGGCGGCCGGCAGCGGCGUCAAGUCGGUCCAGGUCGCCUACAACCACUGCUACGGCUCCGGGCUGGCCGAGGAUGGCGACUACGGCCCCAAUACCAAGGCUGCAGUCAAGACGAUCCAGCGUGGAAUUGGUGGACUCGACAUAGAUGGGAUAUACGGGCCAAAGACGGGGGCUAAGAUGAAUUAUUGGGGGGUUCACAGUUCAGGUUCGCAUUGGUGUGUGAGCAUUUAG